AUGUGUAAAACUAAUUUUAUUGCAACACAAACUGAUUAUGCAUCUGCAAAAAUAAUGACAACAUUUAUUAUUGAUAUGGCUAAACUUGAUUCAUAUAUUAUUCGAACAUAUAUGGGUCAAAUAACUGAUUUAUUCACAGUGGAAAGUCAUCAUAUUCGUGCGGCUGCAUUAGCAGUAUUAUGUUCCUUUAUUGAAAAACUUCUUUUAUUUGAUGAUUUAGAUUUAAUGCAUAACUCUGUUGUAUUUACAUUAGGAACAUGUAUCUGA